AAUUUGUACAAGCCACAAGCUGGAGUCGAGGGAGUGACGCUGGGACAGACGAGUACGACUGGCGAGGGAGUGACCGACAAGGCGACAGGCGACGUUGUCUCUUUCGCCUCCGGCCCGCCCAUCCUGCCACCGCGCCCCGCCUCCAGGAGUUUUUACAGGAGUCACGGACUCACGGCCCUCAGCGGAGACUCGGCCCCUCAGCGGCUCUGCGUCUCAGCCCCUCCGUGGACUACGGCUCGCCCGAUCUGUCCCUCACAGCGUUGGUAUUUGCCAGUCGCCGCCCGGUAACUCGGCCAAGUUUCAUCCUUUGCCCAAAAUUGCGCAAAAGUUCAUAUCGUCGGACAUCGGAGGUUAUUUCUAAUGCUCUUUUUCUGUCCGCGCGCACUAUGCUCAACAAAUUGUCUUAAAGAAUCUCUCAAUAGGCUGCUAUCCACAAUAGCAUCUAUCAACAUUACUCGGACCACUGGGACACACUUCAUAAAUGAAAAACGGAGUAACGAUUACAUUAGCUCAUUGUGCAAACGCAAGCAAUUUGAAGGAGCUCUCGAGGCAUUCCAGCUCUUGAAGAGGACCACAGAUCACUAUGUAUACCCGAGCACCUACACUAACUUGUUAUCCGCCUGCUCAUCCUUACGGUCGUUAGACUCUGCACGAGAACUACACAACCAUGUCUUGAUGUCUGGAUAUGAGCCUGACACGAUCUUUCAGAAUCAUGUUCUUAACAUGUUUGGAAAGUGUGGUUCUAUGAAGGACGCUAGGAAGGUAUUUGAUCAAAUGCUGGAGCGAAAUGUGGUUUCUUGGACUUCAAUCAUUGCUGGGUACUCCCAAAAUCACCAGGAAAUGGAAGCAAUAAGAUUGUAUUUUCAAAUGCGAGAGUCUGGAGUCAUGCCUGACGCAUUCACUUUUGGUGCGUUACUAAAAUCUUGUUGUAGUUUGGGUAAGCUAGAGCUAGCACAGCAGUUACACUGCCAGGUCAUCAAGUCUGAACACGGGUCCCAUCUCAUCCCUCAAAAUGCACUGGUUGCAAUGUAUACAAAGUUCUGUAAGAUAUGUGAGGCAGGGAGUGUGUUUUCUCAUAUGAAGUCAAAGGACUUAAUCUCAUGGAGUUCAAUCAUCGCCGGGUUGUCACAACAUGGCUAUGAGUUUGAAGCUUUGUAUCAUUUUAAGGAAAUGUUUGGUUUGGGAGUUUACCAACUGAACGAAUUUAUUUUUGGCAGUAUUUUCAGUGCAUGCAGUGGUAUUAUGCAGCCUGAAUACGGAAAACAAGCACAUGGUAUUUGUAUAAAGUUUGGGCUUGAGAAAGAUACUUAUGCUGGUUGUUCUCUUGCUGACAUGUAUGCUAGAUGUGGCCUAUUACAAUCUGCAGAAACUGCAUUCUACCAUAUAGACAGCCCUGAUUUAGUCUCCUGGAAUGCAAUCAUUAAUGGUUUUUCUUCUAACGGAGAUUCUAAUGAAGCAUUGAUUUUAUUUUCGCAGAUGAGGCAUGUGGAGUUGGCCCCAGAUGAUCUCACAAUGCGUUCUCUUCUGUGUUCCUUUAACUGUUCCUUCACAUGGUUUCAAGGAAAACAGAUCUUCCAAGCGCUUGUAGGGCAUUCAAUGAAAUUCAACACAAUGCCGAUCUGGUUUCAUGGAAUGCCAUUCUCACGGUUCAUAUACAACACAAUGAGGUUGCAGAAGUUUUCUCUCUAUUUAAGAUUAUGCUCCAUAAAUAUCCCGAUAAUAAGCCCGACCAUAUCACUUUAGUCAAUGUAAUCGGGGCUUGUGGGAAGGUAUCAUCAUUAGAAAUGGGAGACCAAAUACAUCUCUAUGCUUUGAGAACUGGGCUUAGCCUCGAUGCCACGAUUGGCAAUGGGUUAAUCGACAUGUACGUGAAAUGUGGAUCAUUAGGAAGUGCCAGAAAGCUCUUUGAUGGUUUGGAGAGCGCUGAUGUGUUCUCGUGGAGUAGUUUGAUUGUGGGGUGUGCUCAGUUCGGGCUUUGCGAAGAAGCUCUAAAGCUUUUCAGGGAAAUGAGGGAUUUAGGGGUCAAACCAAGUCAGGUUACUUUUGUUGGCGUUCUAACAGCUUGUAGUCAUGUUGGAUUGGUGAAGGAGGGUUGGGCGUUGUUCCAACAAAUGGAGACCGAGUAUGGAAUUGUACCCACAAGAGAACACUGCUCUUGUGUGGUUGACAUGUUCUCCCGAGCUGGAUGCAUAAAUGAAGCGGAAGCUUUUAUAAACCACUCACCGUUCGAACCUGACGUUGUAAUGUGGAAAACAUUGUUGGCAGCAUGUAGAACUCGCAAUAAUCUUGAUGUUGGAAAAAGGGCCGCUGAGAAUGUUUUGAAGAUUGAUCCCUCAAACUCUGCAGCACAUGUGUUGCUCUGCAACAUAUAUGCUUCUGCUGGGAAUUGGAAGGACUUCGCGACGGUCAAAGGUUUGAUGAGACAGGAUGGCAUAAAGAAAUCUCCUGGUCGGAGUUGGAUUGAGGGCAAAGAUGGGAUUCACAUAUUUUUGGCUCAAGAUGGUCAGCAUCCAGAAAGAGAGAAGAUAUAUGCGAUGCUUAAUGAGCUUUGCUUGCAAAUGGUAGAUUUUUGGGGCGAUGCUCCAGUUCAUGUAUGAGAUUCCAAAGGAACUUAAACUUAGCUAUGGGAGCAAGAUACUUUGAUUACAGGUAUCUAACAUUGGUAGCAGAGCAAGAUUGGAGAAGAGGAUGGAUUCGCUGGAGAAGAUGCAGACAUCGCUGAAGAAGAACGUAACAGACAUGAGAAUGAUGGCGGAAAAUCUCGCCAGAAAGCGAGCAGCGAUGAACGAACACCACCAGACUAGAGGGCAAUCGCGGUUGCCAACAACUUCUUUCAGUUCACAAUCCUCAUCGGUAGCAGCUUCCCACAAUUCAUCAUCGCAAGUUUCCCACAGUUCAUCAUCGCGAGAAAUCUCUUACAAUCGUCCGCAGAUGUCUUCGCAAUCCUCUUCGUUUCUCACAUCGUUUGUCGUACCUCAUAGUUCGCAGAUGCGAACGCCUUCUCUCAGUUCGCAAACUGUAUCACAAUCAGAAGUCUCCACUUUGCAGUCGCUAGCCAAGCAUCUGAGUACACAGGUUUCUUCUGAACCUGUUAACCUGCUGCAACCUUCCUCUGAUGAUAGGAGUGCUUCGCAAUUUGGAGAAAAUGCAGAGAAGUUCACUGAAGGCGACAAUUUAAACGAGGAGAAAUUGUCAGUGGUCGCUGGACCUGAAAUUGGCUCAACUGCAGUUCCUGUUUCUCUCGGAUGCCCAGCUUCUCAUGUUCUAAAGGUUCUAUGGAAUUCUUCAACUCAGUUUUUGGUAGAGUUCUGCGUGUCACUUCUCAAAAUGUUAAUAAUCCUAAUGCUUCACAAGGACCUGGUCAAAAUCUUCACAUUGUUGAGGAUAGGCUACAGCCAAACACAGAGGGUGCAGGAGUGCAAAAUAUUAGGCUGUUUGGAGGUUGUUUGAACUUGUCUCUUUCAGACUAUUCGGAAGGCCACAAGGCGGAAAAUCAGUGUGAUAGCGUUGUUAACUUACAACCAUCAUCUGGAGGUAAAAGGUUUCCUGUUAUUCUGUUGCAUUGUUCGGCUAAUGUCUAUGGUGGGAUUGAAAUUGGAUUUGAAGAACCUAAUAGUAUAAUAAUAAUAAAAUAAUGUUACAUAGUUUGUUAUUGUGUUAAAGGGGGUCUACGUCUGGUAUUAUUUAGUUAUGGGCCGGCCCGUAAACAAAGUAUUAUAAAUAGGAGCUGGGAAUAGAAUAAAGGCAGACAGAAAAUUGGAUUUGGAAUUAGGCUUGGGAGUGGGAGACGACUCGAAUUGUCUCAACAGUAUCCGUUCUCUAUUUUUCUGUCCACACCAUUGUAAUCCAGUUCAACCUCUGAAAUCUUCAUCAAUAAUAUUCUAUUUUCUACUGUGUUAUUGAGGUAUCUAACAACACGCGGGGCAGGUUGUUCUCUAGUUACUCGGUUUCAUGUAUAAAUAUAUAGUUCUGGAAAAAUAUCAUGGGAUCGGUUUGCUUUGGAGGCUGUGAAGGCUUCCAUUAAGCAGCCAGGAGCUUUUCCCAGGUUGAAGGUAUGGUUAUUUGAAUAAAUUUUCGUGCAAAGCCAUACAAAAUUUUAUCAUCAUCCACCAUCAUCAUUACCCCAGUGCCACAAAGGCUCCCACCUACGGUGGGGUAAGGGGGGGUCGGAUGUUCGCAGUUUUACCCCUAUACUAAAGCACAGAGAGACUGUUUCCGAAUGACCCGUAGUGAAAAUCGCGUCGAAAAUUGCAUGGGCUGACUGUUACUUCAUAACAAAGAAACGCAAACAGUUUAGUGAGCCAUUUUGCUUUACUCCACUAUAUUCUCAAGCCAAAAAAUAGUGAGUCUUUGGCUCCAUACAAAAUUUUAUGCGUUUAUAUAUUUUUAUCAUCUCCAGCUCAAAGAAAGGGAAGCGAAACAGGUCCCGAAAGGGAUUAUACGACUCAUCGACUCCUCAUGAGGCUAUUGAAGGUUUAUAUCUAUUCUUAUGUUAUUGUUAUCUUAUUUUUAUUUUAUCCGUUUUAUCUUACUUCCCACCUCCCCCGUCUGUCUCUCUGUUUGGAAACGAUAUCAUAGAUCGAUUCAUGUUAGCCGAUCCCAAAUUCUUUUGGGAUUAAGGUUUGGAUGUUGUUGUUGUCUUUGUAGAUUCCUUAAACAUGAGUGAUUAUUUCUUCUAUUGGAUAUAAUAAACAUGACAUGCCUGCAUGUUUGCAGUAUUUGAAGUUAAACCAGAAUAUAUAGUACUCCCUCCGUCCCAUUUAAACGUUCCCACACGGUUUACGACGUUUGACUGAUCAUAAAGUUAACUGAUCCCUGUCAUUAGUAGAAUUAUUUUUAGUAAAUAAAAUUUACAUAUUCAGAAACUACAUUAAAACCGCUACAAAGUCUGAUCAAGAAAAUUUAAAUUUGAUAAAAGUUGGAAAGAUAAAGUAAAAGAUUAAGAACAAUGCACGUUGACCGGAGAAUAGUGGACGGGAACCUUUAAAUGGGACGAAGGGAGUACUAUUUUUCUAAGUCAUCUUUUAACUUUUUGAUGAAUGUGAUAGUUUAUUAUUGCUGCAAGUAUAUGAUCGUAAGGUUUAGCAUUGAUUAUUGUAUUUCAUCUGAUACUGUUGUUAAGUUUUGAGUGAUUUGGAUGGAAAUUAGUGUUUUGGGGAGGCAAAUACACUUUCUUUUUUCAUUUGUCCCAAAAUUAUGACUUUCUAAUUUAAACUCUGAUAAGUUGCUAACUUUUUAGUUUCCCACUUCUCUAUUUUUUUUAAUUUGUCAUAUCACUCUUUACUUUUUGUGGACACAUUUCAUUUUCUUUCUCUAGGAGGUUGUACUGGUAAAAAGACAACUACCUCUUUCAUUUUUAUAAAACUCACAAUGCCAAACCCAAAUAAGUCAGAGCAAAAACUCAAAAAGCAGAAGGCUUAAUUGUGUAGCCGUGUAGUGCUAAGCCUUGCCAAGAGUUCAAGCAGCCAAAUAAGGAGAAAAUUGAACUUGCUUGCAUUAGCUCUUAAGUUACUUUUUGUAGCUGAAGGUUGGUAUCAUUUAGCUGAUGCUAAACCUUGGACUGCUUUGAUCAUGCCAUUUACUCUUAAGUUAAUCUAUAUUUUGAAGUUUGUGUGUCAUAGUAUAAUGUUACAUAUGGUACGGUACAAUAUUGUUUAUUGCAGUGAUUGGAGAAGCGUCAUGCUUUUCUAAUCAACUACUCUUUGAUUGACAGUCCCCUCCAAAUUUUCUAAGAAAAGAACACACUCCCAUUCUUUGGCAUACAUUUUUCUUCAAGCAUGGUUUUCUCCAAACAAGCUGAUCAUUUAGUGUUAAAGCAUGAAGUGCUAAAGUUACUGUUGCAUUGCCGAUUCGGGCUUCGGGCUUGAUUUUUUUGGACCGAUUCGGGCCUAACAGCUACUUUUUCAAAAAAAAUUAAAUUAAAGAAGGGCCCGACCCGGGACCGGUACUGUUUGGGCCCGUACUAGAACCGUUACCGAACCAAUUGGUACUGGGCUUCACUUUUCCAAUAUCGCGAGCCACCGGGACCGGGCCCAACCCGAGUCCAACCCUGUCCAUAUAAUGAAACAAAUCAUUAAUCGAGACCUGCUUACAAUUCAAGGUAAUCCCACUAUUAUCACAGUUUCUAUGCCCACUAAAUAUGCACUUCAUAUAUUCAAUUUUACUUUGGCUCUUCCUGAACUUCUUGCACUCUACUGUUUGUCACCAUAAUUCCAAUUUCAUUUCAACAACUGAUUUUAUUUCAUCAAUCAACACAAUAUCAUUAGUAAACAUCAUGCAUCAUGUUACAUCUUCUUGAAUUGACUUUAAAUUCAUCUAUGACAAAUAAGAAAUGAUUAGGAGCCAGUCCAUGAUGCACUUUGAUAGUAAUAGAGUUCUGUGUAACUCCUCCUUACAUUGACACAUACAUUUCUAAUAAAAUCUUCACAAAUAUUCAUUUGAUCCAUGAUACACUUUGAUAGUAAAAGCGAGUUACACGUAAAUCCUCCCUACACUAACACGAACAAUUCUAAUAGAAUUUUCAUACAUAUUCAUGAUGAUGUUAAUAUAUUUAUGUGAUAUCUUUUAUGACCAUCAAAUAACUCCUUUAAGGUACCCUAUUGUAUGCAUUUUUCUAAGUCAAUGAAUACCAAAUGUGAUUCUUAUUCGUAUCUCUAUACAUCUCUUCAGGUUGUGUAAGAGCAUCUUCAGGUUGUCUAAGAGCAUCUUCAAUGGCCCUGUUAAAAAAUUAAUUAGACAUUGUUUACAUCGUUGUCUUCCGUUAACAGCACCCUUCACAUGGUGACUCGGCAUAUGCGAAGCAGAAACCGUAGAAAAUAUCCUGAAACUCCCACCGAUUAAAAUUUCUGCCCGUCAAAACAUUCCUUCCCGGAACAUAUUUGCCAGUAGCAACCACUCGGAAAAAUUAUCUCUCCCACCUAGGGGUGGAUUCGGUUCGGGCCACCCGGCUCGUGACUCGGCCCGACCCGGUACUGUGCGGGACCGGGACCGGCCCGGUCGGGCGGUCCGGGACCGGGUGUAGACCCAAACCGGUGGGAAUGGGCGGGGCGGGCACGGUUCCGGAAAAAUGUGACCCGGCCAGGGUCCGGGUCCAACGGUCCUAUUUUUUUUUAAAAAAAAAAUUGUUAAAUACUUACUAGCCGUUAUGGCCUUGGGGGGUGGGCUGGGGGGUUGGGUGGUGGUGGGGGAUGGGGGGUAAAAAAACCUAUAAAUACUCCUAAUCUUAAACAUUUUUUCAUAUCUCUUCUCCAAUUCUUCCUAAAUCCUAUUCUUAACUCUCUACUCUCUAAUUCUCUUAUUCUCCAUUCUCCAAUAUAUUAUAUUUAUUAUUUAUAGUUUAUAUUAAUUAUCUACUUAUAUAAACUAUAAAUAGAUAUAAAUAGUAUUAUAUUACUUAUAUUUGUUAUCUAAUUAUAUAUUACUUAUAUAUUUAUUAUAUCUAUUAAUAUAGUUGGAAUUAUAUCUAAUUAAUUUGAAGUCAUUCUAUUGCUCCCAUCCAAAUGUUCCCGGUUUUAGCAAAGAGGGCUAAGCAAGUGCUAUCAAUGCCGGUUUCAACGGUUGCCAUGGAACAAGAAUUUAGUUCGGUCGGCAAUGUCCUAACACAAACCAGAACGAGGUUGAGCGCUGAAUCUUUUGAGAUGCUUAUAUGCUACCAUGAUUGGUUGAAAGCAGCCCGUAGAGCUCAAGAAAUUGACAUCACCCCAUCCCAACACUUUAUGGAUGAAUCUACAACCGAGGGUGGCUCUACCUAUGCCGGAGAUUCCGAUUGAAUGAUUGAUUAGUAUUUCAUGUUUUAAAAACAAUUGUAGUUCCUAUUUAAUUUUCAAAUGUAGUUCCUAUUUCAUUUCAAAUAAAUGCACUUGAAGUUUGUUUUUU